CUUUUUAUUGACCGUGUCUGCACGCUGAUUGGUUUCUUAAAAAAAUAAAAAUUAGAUUCAUGCCAACAGGAGAACCACCUAUACCACUUUCAUUUAUAUAUAUCUCCACUCCUUGGUAAAACUUUACGGACAUUUAUGUAUCUUUUUUUGACCGUCUACGUUACUACGUAACUACGGCUCCCGCCUCCCAGUCACAUGUUGGUUUUGUCCCCCUCCUUGUUUGUACCGGUACGUCCUCAGUGCGGUCAGCCCUGUUGUGUGGAGUGCUUUGUUGACGUACAUAAGCCACCUGAGCAGUGGUGGGCUGUCACAAUCCUAAAGAGAGGAGGAAAUACAAACGUGACACAAAAUGGGCGGAGCGCCACGAUACGUGUUGGUCGCAGAGCUAAAAAAAAAAAGAAACAACAAUUGGACGGGACAGACGCAUAAAGGACCGGAAUAAAAGCUUAAGUGGGCGUGCCGAACACUCGCUAAGUGGGUGGGGUUUCGUCUAUCUAUUGGAGCGGCUCAGUAUGCAACAGGAUAGCCCGUGUGAGGUGAAAAAAAAUGAAACCCGUGAAAACAUCGGACCGCUCCUCCCCUUCGCUCUCCGAAGUUUGCCGAAGCUAGAGCUUGGCGGCUACGUCGCGGACCCACGCUUCGACGUCUCACGUAGCCGUCUGUGUAGGGAGGGGGAAAAAACGUAAACCGGAAGUGGGAUUAAUAAGGCUGCUGGCACUUCCUACUCGCUGUAUGAGGAGACUGGAAACGGAGGAGAAAGGAGUAGAAGCGGCGGAGCUGUGACUGAGUGGCUGCCACUGUCAGCAGGAAGAAAGAUGAAAACCGGUUGCAGUAUUGUAGAAAAGUCAAAAGGAGGGGGAGGUUAUCACUUUCCGGAUUGGGCAUUCAAGGCAGAGUCUAGCCCUGGCUCACGGCAGAUCCAGCUAUGGCACUUCAUCUUGGAGCUUCUGCAGAAGGAGGAGUUCCGUCACGUCAUUGCCUGGCAACAAGGAGAAUACGGAGAGUUUGUCAUCAAGGAUCCAGAUGAAGUGGCCAGGCUGUGGGGCCGGAGGAAAUGUAAACCCCAGAUGAACUAUGACAAACUGAGUCGGGCACUCAGAUAUUACUACAACAAAAGGAUCCUACAUAAAACAAAGGGAAAGAGGUUUACCUACAAAUUUAACUUUAACAAGCUGGCCAUGCCAAACUAUCCGUUCAUCAGUAUAAGGCCCAAUGGUGCUGUUCCUCAGAGUGCACCACCGGUCCCCACAGCCUCGUCCCAUUUCCACUUCUCACCUUUAGAUUCACCUAAUGAAGAUGGACAUGUGAAUCAUUUUACUGGAAGCUCCUCUGCACAGUCCAGCAGGGAAUCCCUAAAUGAUAAUGAGCGAAAACAAAUUCCAUCAGAGCAUGACGAUUUCCACUCAGAAUGGCGUCGUGGUGGUGACCAUAUGUCUUCUCGGAGUACUGUUGGCACAGGACCCCAUGGCCUACAGAAGCAUAAAUCUGACCUCAUGCUUCCAGUUUUUUCAAUGCCUGGCAUGUACCCAGAUACCCACAGUCCAUUUGCAGUCUCUCCUCUGCCUGGGCGUGGAGGGCUGAUGAGCGUACCUAUCUCACCUGCUCUGUCCCUUACUCCAACAGUCUUUUCUUACAGUCCUUCACCUGUACUGAGCCCUGCUUUCCAAAGUGGCAGCUGCUUUAACUUUAACCCAGAAGAGAUGAAACACUACCUGCAGGCCCAAGCUUGCUCUGUAUUUAACUACCACUUAAGUCCACGAACUUUACCAAGAUUUCCCAGUUUCAUGAUGCCACCACCACAUCGUCCUUUCCCACCUGAAGAGCAAACAUCUUUCCCCAUUAAACUGCAGCCUCCCCCAAUGGGGCGCAAGAAUAAAGAACGUCCACAAAGUUCUGAAGAAAAAUGCUCCGCUCCUCCGCAACCAGCUCUUCCACCAGUGAAAGUUGAACCAAUAUCUGAUGAUGAUCUACUUUCUAAUGAUGAUCUAGAAUGCAGAGACUUUGUGCAGGGAGAAGAAUCUGAACCAGAAAUACCUUCUCCAAAACUGGAGACUGGACAUUUUUUUGUCAAACCUGCAACCCCCUCCUGGUCACAGUUUUCUACAGUUUCAGCUAGGUACCCUAAGGAGGGUACAGAAGAUCAUCCUGAUGCCAGUGAGAAGAGGGCAAAAGACUCUUCCAGUGAAACUACUGUGGUGGAAAAGAAGGAGGACUCUCUACCACCAAAACUGCGCCUUAAACGUCUCUGGAAUGGAGAUCGUCAGGGAGAUGUCAUUGAUGAUAGAGAGUGCAGAAAAGUUAGCUGCAUCAUCAAUAGCUGCCGAUCCUCUGAUCUGUCAGUAGAAACAAAUGAUGUAACUGCAGCAGCUGACUCCUAGUACUAAAAUGAAAUAGAAUGAUUUUUGUUUUUCUAUUUAUGUGGCAUUGCUGCAGAAAAGGGUGUGGUUAAAGGUUUUCUUAAUUCUCAGACUUUUUCAUUGCAGGUGAUUAACACAAAAAUAUAUAUAUUUUUUUGCUUGUGAGGUUUCAGGGAAAACAUUACCUCUUGAAUAUGGAAAAAGGGGUGCUUUUAUUAGCCU